UAUUCCGCCAGCUUCAAGUGACCCAUCGUCGUGCAAGCUUUGUGCGUGCACAUUUCUUUUCCAUCGUUGGAAAAAGAUAUUUUAUCUUUUUCCGCGGCACCUACCCGCGACGUCUAGGUUACGUUCGUAACACGACGGUAGCAAAGGUUGAGAAAAACUAACUCCGCAAACACGCCCAAAGGAGUUUAGAGCCUCACACAUUCGCCAUUGCCUCGCGGGAAAGGAAGAAGAAACCAGCAAUUCGUCGUAGCCGACGGUGUCAUCGGCAGCAGCAGCAGCAGGCACGAACGAAAAGCAAGCGGAAAAGUAAGCCGUAGUGGCGGGAGGAAGUGAAUGCAGGAAAAUUAAGAAAAAAAGACAGCUUCCAAGUGUGUGGCGAACCUCGCGUGUGUGUGUGCGUGUGUGCUACGAGUUUGCUGUGUUUUCUUCACUACUCGACGACACCGCGAAGUAAACGGCGACGACGGAGACGACGUAGCCGCAGUAGCAGCAAAACUCAGCAGCCAUAGCAUCGUCUGUGCAAGCGGAGCUAUUUAACUACCCUGCUGCGAGUACAACGGAAGAAGGAAAACGGAAGAGCAAAAAGAUCGAAAGUACGAUCAACAUCUUCGUCCCGCCGUCCAAAGUACGCUCCUUUCGCGUCCCGUCACCAUUGAGCUGAGUUGAACAAAUCGAUCCAAAAUGUCGGACGUGGAGUUAUCAAACAUAGAUCAUCUGAUUGCGAUGCUUUUAGAAGUUCGCGGUGCAAGGCCAGGAAAAAAUGUACAACUGUCGGAAACGGACAUUCGUCUGCUGUGUCUGAAGUCGAGGGAAAUUUUUCUCUCCCAACCGAUACUGCUCGAGCUGGAGGCACCGUUAAAAAUUUGCGGUGAUAUCCAUGGUCAGUAUUACGAUUUGCUGCGUUUGUUCGAGUACGGUAGCUUCCCGCCAGAGUCGAAUUACCUCUUCCUGGGUGAUUAUGUCGACCGGGGAAAGCAGUCGCUGGAGACGAUCUGUUUGCUGCUGGCGUACAAAAUCAAGUACCCGGAAAAUUUCUUCUUACUGCGCGGCAACCAUGAGUGUGCUAGCAUCAACAGAAUUUAUGGCUUCUACGAUGAGUGCAAGCGGCGCUACAAUAUUAAGAUGUGGAAAACAUUUACCGAUUGCUUCAACUGUCUGCCGGUGGCGGCCAUCGUCGACGAAAAGAUCUUCUGCUGCCACGGCGGUCUCAGCCCGGACCUGCAGUCGAUGGAGCAAAUCCGGCGCAUUAUGCGACCGACAGAUGUGCCAGACCAGGGACUGCUGUGCGAUCUGCUCUGGUCCGACCCGGACAAGGAUACGAACGGCUACGGCGAGAAUGACCGUGGUGUGAGCUUCACGUUUGGUGUCGAUAUUGUCGGCAAGUUUCUCACUAAGCACGACUUUGACCUAAUCUGUCGGGCACAUCAGGUGGUGGAGGAUGGCUAUGAGUUCUUCGCCAAGCGACAGCUGGUGACCCUCUUCUCCGCCCCCAACUAUUGUGGCGAGUUCGAUAACGCCGGUGCAAUGAUGUCCGUCGACGACACGCUGAUGUGCUCGUUCCAAAUCCUGAAGCCAGCCGACAAACGUAAGUUCCAAUACGGUGGCCUCAACUCCGGACGGCCGGUAACACCACCGAGGAGUUACAGUAAAAACAAAAAGAAAUAAUUUAUCAAAAAUUAGUACCACAAAAAAACUACUUUAUAACUCUACUACAGUCUACAACCUCUACUACACUACUACGACUACAAAAUACUAUUAUUGCUACCACACACCCCCUACCCCCUCAACUCGUACAGUUGCAUAAUGAUACGUACUAUUAAACUGUACGAUAUCCGUUCUGUUUCUCCUUUUCCCCUUUCUUUUUUUCUAAUCGUGCCUAUCCCGUACCACGAACGUGUCUCCCUCCAAACACGGAGGCCCCCCACUUCCUUUCCCCGCCCCCCUAAAAAAACAAUCCCAGGUUCCCGUACGUUUGUAUUCUUUCAACAAAAACAAAAAUCUGUAAGCUAAAUUCGAAAUGCAAAAUAACGUAAAGUAAAACAAAAACCAAGAUCGACUGAUUAAGCCCGCCCGCCCGCGUGCGUGUGAGUGUGUGUGUUGUGUAUCUGUGUAUGUGUGAGUGUUGUGCAGAGGUUCGUGUGUGUUUGCGCGCGGUGGGGGUGUGCGGAAUGCAGCAUCCUCCUCCCAGAGACAGAGGCACGCUAAAAAGUUGCUCGCGAUCGUUAGUCGUCAGUUGGAACAACAAAAACGAAAAAAGAACAACUGAAAACAAGGAGCGCAGGGCAAACCAAUCACCCGCGGAACACUAGCGUGUGCGCGCACAUCUUCUUCAGCCGACAAAAAAGUUAGAGGGUGAGAGAAGUAGAGAGUCAGGGUAAAGAGAGGAAGCAGAGAAAAAGCGGAUGGAAAUCUUAAUGAAACGCCAGAACACGGGGAAAACGAUUAGAAAAAGAAAUAGGAGACGCUGGGGGAGGGGGACUGGACAGCGGGUGGCGUGUGGACGGGUUUGGUCAUCACAUCGAAUGCGCCUACCUUUCCAUCACUAACCACCGGGAUGUUUUCCAACUUCUUUACUUGUACCACAUCUGACGGGGAAGGAUGAAAGGGAUGGUUUGAAAAUUUGCGCUUGAAGAUACCCUCAUUUAAACACCAGCCAACACAUCCCACACUUUUCCCCCGCACAUACCCGGUGUGUGACAUCACUUGGAAGAGAAGAAAGGCAAAAAAGUGUGUCAACAAAUGGGAGGGAGCGCGCAAAAUACGCUACAGUUUCGACAGUGUAGGUAAACAGUGAUGUGUGUGACGAGCUGUGGAGAGGUAAAGGUAGUUUCCGAAUGGUAAUUUAAUUAGAAACAUAUAUGCAGCAUCAACACAGGCGGAAAGAAGGAACACAGUAGGACAGCAAAUGCAAAGUAAACAAACCAGCCAACAACAAGCAAACGAAUCAACAAGAAAGCAUGCUAACAGCACAUGAUAACACACGGUAGACUUUGUGCCCAGCUGUGGUGUGUGAUCGGCAGAUCGGAUUUUCGGAACGGCGGGCAGCUGUAGAACAGAAGCAACAAACGUGUGCGGUGUAUGUCAUGAUGUAGUAGAGAGAUGCAAUGCAAUGGCACACACUACUCACUCCACGCGCAAUGUCCGGCAAAGAGAUAGAUAGUAUCCCCACGGAAGCAAGGCAGCAGUAGUAAUUCACUAUCCCCCGCUCCGUGAGAGGGCAAGGGAGUCUAUUGCAGGUCGAAAAGAAGAAGAAAACACACAGCACUUCGCAAUGAAUACUGAUGUAACGUAACGAACACUAUGAUUAUGAAAUAUUUAAGGCAAUUUUUCAACAAGCAGCAUCAAAUAAUAAGUGCGCAGCGCAAUUUAUUAUAGUAGUGGGUAACGUAAAUAAAGCAUUCAGUAAAAGAAAACAAACACACCUACACGUAUAACAUAUUGAGAUCUACAGUUUCAACCAACAACAAUCCCACAGCAGCCAUUUCCGAUUCGAGAAAUGCUGCCUAAUUGUGCAACAAUGGGGAAAUAGUGUGGAACCCCCUCAAAUGUAUGUUAGCAGCUUCCGUCUCUCUGUGUAUCGCGCAGCGUUCGUUCUUGGAUCAGAUCAGAGGAGCAAUCAAAGUGUUGACACAAACAACAAACAAGGAGAAGAUGUCGUCUGAUGUGGAAUACUGUCGAAAUUAUGGUUGAUCGUUUCAAGGGAUGGAAGAACCGUGGUCAAAUCGUGGAAAAAUAGUUGGUUGGCAUUGUGGGCAUACAUGGAUUCAUGAAAAUCUAGAAAUAUUACGCUGCUGUAAAGCCAAGCCCUGCGUACGAAAGCAACAGUUGAUUGAGCUUGCGGUAACGAUACAACACGGUACACAAGAAGUGGGCAUCGUUUCCAACAACUGGAACGAAGCAAAACGAUAAAACCGAAAUGAAACGCUGCUACACGUAGAGCUGAGCCGGUGUAGGCCAGAUAACACAAUAAAAACAAAACAAACAAAGCAAAACAGAAAAGUAAUACUACACAAAAUGGAACAAAAACACACCUAAGUAAGAAUCAAAAUUCAAACAGCAUAAAUAAAAAUUGUAUCACACAAAAUGAGAAAAAAACGAGAAAAUGAGAGUGACUCGAACCAUCCAUACUUCCAUACUUUCAUGCGCAUUUUGAAUCGCAUCUUGCCUCCCCCUCCCCUCCCCUCUCCGCCCGUCCUUCCCAUGCCCCACAUGCCAAUCAUGGUGAAAACUUAGACUUUAAGAUAAAAAAAUUCGUUGGCGGCCUCUUUUUAACGACAAUUUUCCUCGAGAUAGACGAAUAGUUUUUAAUUUUUAAGAUUUUGCUUUCCAUUCGUACUUUCUUUAAGUUGCUACAGAACCGGAUGUGUUUUAUUGAACCAUGUUUACGUUUGUUCCGCUAGCUUCGGUAGGACGUUAGACAAACAUUGAGAGAUUAGUGGAUGUUUUAGGCACGAUUUUUUUUGAGCGCGCAGAAUGUACGUUGUUCACUAUACUCGCUGGAAUAAUAGUUUGGCAAAAAAGAA